AUGAAAAACUACAGUGCCAUCAGUGAGUUUGUUCUUCUUGGAUUGUCUACUGACCCCUACAUUCAGGCUAUACUCUUUGUGCUGUUCCUUCUGAUUUACCUCCUCUCCCUGACGGGGAAUUUCUUGAUGCUGCUGGUGAUUAGGGCUGAUUCUCAUCUCCACACGCCCAUGUACUUCUUCUUGAGACAAUUGUCAUUUCUGGACCUCUGUCACUCAUCGGUCACAGUUCCCAAGAUGUUAGAGACUCUACUUUCUGAAAGCAAAACCAUCUUUGUAGAGAGUUGCUUGGCUCAGGCCUUUCUGGUAUUUGCCACUGGUGGCACUGAGGCCUGUCUGCUGGCUGUAAUGGCCUAUGACCGCUAUGCUGCCAUCAGCUCCCCUCUGCUCUAUGGCCAGGUGAUGAGUAACCCGCUCUGUGUUGGGCUGGUGUGGGGCUCCUGGGGCCUGGCCUUUGUUGACGCUCUCAUCAACAUCCUCCUGGCUGCUGCCAAUUUAAACUUUUGUGAGGGCCAAACGAUUCCCCACUUCAGCUGUGAGCUGUCUUCUCUCUUCCCUCUGUCUUGCUCUGAGACCUCUGCCAACUUCACACUCCUGCUCUGCUCCUCUGUCUUGCAUUUCUUUGGAACCUUCCUUAUGAUUGUUUCCUCCUAUGCCCGCAUUGUCUCCACCAUCCUGAGCAUCAGCUCCACCUCAGGCAGAAGCAAGGCCUUCUCCACCUGCUCUUCCCAUCUUACUACUGUGAUCUUGUUCUAUGGCUCAGGUUUCAUCAGUUAUCUCUUGCCAACUUCAGGUUCCCCUAUGAAAAUGAUCUUCUCCUUGCAGUACAGUGUGAUCACACCCAUGUUGAAUCCCCUCAUCUAUAGCCUGAAGAACAAGGAGGUGAAGGCAGCUAUGGGAAGAAUGUUCAGAAAAUAUUUUCAUCCUCUCAUGUAG